AUGGACGACAUUGUCAUCGGCGUGGACAUCGACAUUGACAUUGCCUCCAUCGACGUCAGCGUGGACUUCGGCGUGGACAUCUUCGACUGCGUGGACGUCGGCUUCCACGUUGACGCUGACUUCUGCAUGGACGUCAAUAUCGACAUCGGCAUCGGCCUGGACCUCUACAUCUGCAUCAGCAUGGACUUCGACUUCUGCAACGACAUGGUCAUCAGCGUGGACAUCCACGAUCCCAGCCUCAUUGCCAGGCUAUGGAGUCCCAACCGAGACUUAUUCUACAUAUCCCGUUGCAAGCACUUCAACAGAGCGUUCGAGAUCGGCCUAUGCUGA